GAUACGCGGACGACGGUGAUGAUCAAGAACAUACCUAACAAGAUGAGUGAUCGGGAUUUGGAGCGGUUCAUUGCGGACGUCGUUCCCGGACGGAUCGAUUUCUUUUAUCUGAGGAUGGAUUUCGGGAAUGGAUGUAAUGUCGGCUACGCGUUCGUGAACUUCAUCACGGUGGACGAUCUGUUGAAGUUCGCGAAAGCGAGAUUGGGCGUCAAGUGGAACAUGUACUCUUCCGACAAGAUACUGCAGAUGAGUUACGCGAACUACCAAGGGAAGGAAGCCCUUGUCGAGAAGUUUAAGAACUCCGCCAUCAUGGACGAGCGCGAAGCGUGGCGUCCGAAGAUCUUCUACUCUGAUGGACCUCGGCAGGGUAGGCCCGAACCGUUCCCUGCUCCGACCCACCAGAAGAGGAAGGAGAGGAGUGCACAUAAUCGUGGAGCGUUGUACGUGCCUAACAUGAGGAGCCUCUAG